UUUCCAGCUUACUCUUCGUCGAUUGAUGCAGCGGCGCUAAAGCAAGUAGAAGCCACGCAUCUUGCAGAGAACAAGCUUAUUGGAAUAUCUGCUUUAAAGUUUUAAAGUUUUUUUAGGAGAAUGUUUCAUGUUGCAGCGACGAAUUUUGCUAGGAAACGAGUAUUGGAAUAUUUGCUUUAAAGUUUGAAAUUUUUUUUGGAGAUUUCUUUUUUUACCACCGCUGUGCAUAACUGGAUAUUUAUUUCAUUUUUUUCACUCUGUUCUCGGAUUUCUUUUAUUUCACUGGAGCUUACGUAAAGUUGAGCGGAGAAUAGUUUUGAAUUACUUGGAUAUAUAACUUUAGAACUUUAUAUAUAUUUAAAUAUAUAUCUGGAUAUAACUAACUAAUAGUAUUAAAUAUAUUGAAGGAAACUCAACAAAAUUGGGAAACUAGUAAACAGAUUGCUGAAGGCAUUUCUUCUACCUGGCAUUAUGAAUUGAAGAUAAAGUACUAAGCUUUAAUGGAACGGUUUGAAAUAAUAAGAUUGGAGUGAUUUUAUCAACAUAAAGAAUUCUAAAUAGGAGUAUGUUUUGUCAAAAGAAAUAUAGGUGUGUAUUUAUUCGCCUUGCUGUGUUAACAAGGUGAUUAGCUAAAGUAUGUAUUUGUUCCAGACUGUGUCACCAAUACAGCGGCUGAACUAACAUCAUGCUAAGAUUCACAACGAAGUCUUGUCAAUCAUGGCCAUGGAAAUCAAAAGAGAGCCGGGUUUAAUUUUUAAUCUUUCUGAAUCUGACUUCUAUGUGCAAAAUGACGACCAUUACAAUACCAGUAAAAGCAGUUCGAGUCAUGUAUGGAACAGUGAGACAGCUGAACGGGUAGCCGUGGUGUCGUUCAUCAUGAUCUGCACCAUUCUGGGAAACACCACUUUAAUUCUAACCAUCUUGUGCAAGCAUUCCCGUCGGAUUAAACGUGUCAAUAUAUUCCUCCUUAAUUUGGCCAUAGGGGAUCUAGCCGUUGCCUGUUUCACUAACACGACUGAGAUAUUGUUUUUGGCUUUUGAUGAAUGGAUACUGGGACCUGUUCUAUGUAAAGUGUCGGUCUAUCUACAAAUUGUUACUUUCUCAAGUGCUACAUUUCUCCUAAUGGCAAUGAGCAUUGAUAGAUAUCAAGUGAUAGUUCGACCUCUUCAAGCUCUUGCUAGUCGACCGCGGAUUGGUCGUAAAGUGUUAUUGGCUUGGGUAAUGGCCUUUAUAUUUGCGUCACCACAAUUGUUAAUAUUCGUUCAAGUGGAAAAGGGAACUAAAUUUGAUGGAACUCCACGUCGUGCAUGUUUAAGUCAUGGGUAUACAGCGGAAUGGCAAAGAAAAAUCUAUUUUACCUACAUGACCUUGUAUAUCCUUGUUAUACCAUCAUCUGUUAUGCUUUAUUGUUACAUCAAUAUAAUUUCCGUUGUCUGGUCGCGCGGACAGAGUCAUCAUCGCCAGUCGGAAACUCUUUCAGAGGAUGAACCUUCUAAAUCACCGAGAAUUUCCGUUCGCCGAGGACUUGUGACGGCAGCCAAACGUCGUGCUGUUAUUCUCACCUUAACUGUUAUAAUUGGAUAUCUAGUUUGCCUUACGCCUUAUUUUAUCAUUACUCUUAUCCGAAUUUAUAGUAAUUAUGCAGUUAAACUAAAGAAGCCUUUGGCUGUAGCGGAGAGUAUCUUUAUGACCCACAGUGCUCUUAAUCCAAUUCUUUAUGGCUUGUUUACACUAAGACGGCGUCACGUCAGAAGGGCCGUAAAACGAUUUUCGUGUUGCAAUAAACAAGUGAAAAAAACUUAUGAGAAAAAUCGCCUAUUAAAUGGAAGCGCUGGUAGCUAUCGGAAAACAGUUUCUCAUGCGAAAGGUAAUUGCCCAACCGAUGAAAAUUUUCCUUUUUAUUUGGAUCGUCAUGGCAAACGUGCUAAAACGGGCCAUCAGAACAAUCACAGUAAUCAACAAGAAUUGUCGCUUCUCGAUAACGCGGAAAGCGAGCAUGAUGUGAUCACACUGAGGACUGGAGACAGGCGUUCUGCGCGUUGUGUACAGUGGUUUGGAAGACACGAUGGCUGUCAAACACAAUGUCUUAGUAGUGUAUAAUAUGUAACAUGUACAGAACCAAAACAAAUUUCUUGACUCGGAUCUUUAAUCUACAAAAUUUUCAACCAAAAAAAAAAAAAAAAAAAAAAAAAUGUGGAUGAUUAAAAAUAAAACUCAUUCUUAUAUUUAAUGAUAUG